AUGGCAGGCACUAAUGCCCUUUUCCUGUUGUUUAUAUUUUACGACGAAGGCUCUUCUGAUACCGCGAUGGGUACGGAAAGUGAUAACGAUGACGACGACGACGAUGACGAGGAGGAGGAGGAUGGGGUCAUCUUCUUCGCUUGUGUACUAUUCGUCGUGUCUUGGGUCUUCAUCCGCCUGGCCAGAUUCAUGACGGCACCAGACGCCGAAUUGUUACCAAAACUCACCCUCCGCACCAGCCGUCAGGUAAACACUACUGUUGGAAUGUACAUCUAG